UACAUCUGUCAAAAAUUGAAAUGUGAAAAAUAAUAUUAUUUUGUAUUUUAUUAAAUUAUUACUUUAUUAGAACAUAUUGACCUAAUCACCACAAUGAAUAUUUUCAAAGCAUUACAGAAUGGUGUAGCCAUAACCUCAAAACCUCUUUUUCGACUAAUGUCCAAUUUACCAAAAGCCGCAGAAGAAGGUGAACUCGAUAAGUUGUAUAAGAUUGUUGAACUAGAAUUAAAGGGGCAUGAUCCAGCGGUUUUAAAAAGUUUUGUAAAGUUUGCUACAACGGCUGGAAACCAUUUAGAUAUCAAAUCAACUACGUGGGAUUUACGUAAACCGAUACAUGAUCGACGUAGUGUAUUAAAGUCUGUACAUAUUUAUAAAAAGCACCAGGUGCAAUAUGAAACCAGAACAUACUUUAGUUUUAUACAAUACAAACAUGUUACGGGAAGUACAGCUGACACACUUUUGGAAUAUGUUGAACGUAAUCUACCAGAGGGUGUAGCAUUAAAGGCGACAAAGGUUGAGUUACAGGCACUCCCAGAACAUUUAAAAUCUCCUUAAUAGUGUCUAGCGAUUUAGAAUAAGCCUUGCCAAUUUAGUAGUAAAUUUUUUAUUAAAUAAAUAUUCAAGUUUUUUUUACCCAA